AUGACGAUAGAAGAGCUUAUGCAGAUACUACCCACUUUGAACGCCGCUAUCAUUGCGCAUGAUUGGUUACCGUCUAUGCAGAGACGCCAGAAAGAACUCAAAAACUGGCUGCAGAUCAAUCUGGUGGAUCACCGUUCAGGCGAAGCAUCAAGAAAGAUCGACAAGGAUCUCGGCAGUCUAAUAAGUCAAUCUGGCGACCUUGCUACUACAUUCUGCGAGCUCUUCGAUCUUGCGAAGGGCCUUCAGAAUGAGAACAACAAACGGUUGGCUGCAGAAAUCGACCAGGCUCACGCUCAGCGGUCCGAGGCAAUGAUCGCUUUGGCUAGACAUGUCACUAUGCAUAGUGAGAAAUGCGCGCAGUACGAUCGAGAGAGGGAGGAGCUCAAAGACAAGAUGGAUCAAAGCAUGAACGUACUACGGAAUUAUAUUCAUACUCAUCUUGGCGAGACGUUAGACAGGGCGUCCCAUGGAGAGGUUCAAGAGGUCUUUAACGCUCUGGUUGAGGCUGACGAGCCAGCUAAUUAUUCGACAACGCACGUACGCUCGGACAUUUAUCGAGACCUCCAAGUCGCUUUGCGAAAGUCCAAUGACGAGCGUGAUGGUAUGAAGGAAGUAUGUACCGAGCAGAUGGCCACCAUCAGACAGCAAUCCCAAGAUCUUGAUGAGUAUAUCGUACGGAUGGCUAAGGUGAUCAAUUUGGUGCAAGACAAAGAACAAGAAAACCAGAAGCUGAGGGACGAGAUCCAGGAGCUCAGACAAGCGAAUCAAGCUCAAGAAGAUGCGGUCAAGUCAAAUCAGCGCGACCCACCAGAGUCAGAGCACCAAAUGGCUGUGACGGAGAAGUCAAGCGCAGAAGCUCUCGGCGGUCUCAGUCGUGACGAGAUUUUUACACUUGAUGCCGAGAUCACGAAUUUGAGACGCAAACUUGAGCGCGCCUACACUAGGGAGAAAGGACUACAAGACCAGAUUCGACAGCUGCUGCAAGCAUCUCAAACAGAGCAAGCACAUACGGACAAACCACCAAGCCGAAUCAAGCGUCUUCUCGGCGGACAGCAGAAGUCCAGCUCGAACAUUCCUACCAUGAACAGCAUGCAAAACCUAAGUCAAUCGAUCUUCACUCCGUUCUCUAGAGAGAAACCACUAUCACCAAUGCCACUGCCUCCUUCACAGACGGAACCCGACCGAGCCCUGCCAUCAUCCAUAGCAACCGACAUAAUCGACCCCUGGGACCCUCCUCCACCCUCCUACCACAAAAGCCGUAGCCACAGUCACAGCCGCUCAGAAUCACCUCCACAGCCUCCUCCACGCCUGCGCGAAGUCACUGGUCCACAACAACAACAACAUCCCCGAUCCCAUUCCAACGACGAAAUCGACACUGCAGUCUCCAGCCGUUUCCGUCAGCAGCAACAGCAACAUACCCUCCCCUCGAACCUCAUCUCAACAGCACUCACAUCUACGUCCAGAGGUCCAACACCGACACCAACGACGUCCAGCCAAGCCUCCCUGAGCUUCGAAGACGUCCCAGACUACCCCUCAUACCAACUUGGACGGGUUCGGCCUAGAAACAACGCCUCGACUGACCUGAUCGAUCCUAAUAUGUCUUUCACUCAGUAUCCUGCUGCUCACAGCCGGAGUAGUGAGAGGGAGAGACAAACGCCGGUUGAAGGUCAUAUGCGGGUGCUCAGUGGUAUCACGGAGGUUACUGAGGAUACUGCGCCGUCGAUGAAGACGAAAAAGUCUGAUAUUGGUGGUGAUGGUAGUCCUGACAGUAUCGAUAGGAGGAUGUAUCAGGAUACGUAA